UUUCUCUGUGUUCUUCAAUCAGGUCUUGCAGGUAUCCAAACUGACCUGGACAAAAGAAAAGAAAUAUUUGGUCAAAACCUGAUACCUCCAAAAAAGCCAAAAACUUUCUUACAACUGGUGUGGGAGGCCCUGCAAGAUGUUACCCUCAUCAUCCUGGAAAUUGCAGCCCUCAUCUCCCUGGGCCUCUCAUUCUACCACCCUCCUGGAGAGAGCGGCGGAGAGUCGUGUGGUUCAGCUGCAGCCGGAGUGGAAGAUGAGGGUGAGGCAGAUGCUGGUUGGAUUGAAGGGGCUGCCAUCCUGUUGUCUGUGGUGUGUGUUGUCCUGGUGACAGCCUUCAAUGACUGGUCGAAGGAAAAGCAGUUCCGUGGGCUCCAGAGCCGCAUUGAGCAGGAGCAGAAAUUCCAGGUGGUCCGUGGUAGUCAGGUCAUUCAGCUGCCCGUGUCUGACAUACUGGUGGGAGACAUUGCACAGAUCAAAUACGGUGAUCUGCUUCCUGCUGAUGGAGUGUUGAUCCAGGGCAAUGAUGUGAAGAUUGAUGAGUCAUCACUUACUGGAGAGUCUGACCACGUCAAGAAGGCUGCAGACAAAGACCCCAUGCUGCUGUCUGGGACCCAUGUGAUGGAAGGCUCAGGGCGCAUGGUGGUGACUGCUGUCGGUGUCAACUCUCAGACUGGAAUCAUCUUCACACUACUUGGGGCUGGUGUAGAAGAAGAGGAAAAGAAAGAGAAGAAAGGAGGGGCAAUGGAAGACGGACACCAGAACACAGAUUGCUCCCAUCCUCCUAUCCACCCCAUUGCAACUAUAGCCACGGAUGGGGCUGCAGGCAUUAAUGCCCCUGGCAGUGCCAGCCUAAUUAAUGGUAAAAUGCAAGAUGGCAAUAUGGAGAGCAACCAGAUUAAAGUCAAAAAGCAGGACGGAGCAGCUGCCAUGGAAAUGCAGCCUCUGAAGAGUGCUGAAGGUGGGGAAGCAGAUGAGAAAGAGAGGAAGAAAGUGUCAGCUCCGAAGAAAGAGAAGUCUGUACUACAAGGGAAGCUGACCAAACUGGCUGUCCAAAUUGGCAAAGCAGGUUUGCUCAUGUCGGCCGUCACCGUCAUCAUCCUUGUCCUGUUCUUUGCCGUUGACAACUUUGUGAUGAAGAAGCGCCCUUGGAUGCCAGAAUGUACUCCUAUCUACAUCCAGUACUUUGUCAAAUUCUUCAUCAUUGGUGUAACUGUGUUGGUGGUGGCCGUGCCAGAGGGGUUGCCGCUGGCUGUCACCAUCUCUUUGGCAUACUCUGUUAAGAAAAUGAUGAAAGAUAACAACCUUGUUCGUCAUCUGGAUGCAUGUGAAACAAUGGGCAAUGCAACAGCCAUCUGCUCUGACAAGACAGGCACACUAACCACCAACCGAAUGACGGCUGUGCAGUGUUACAUUGGAGAUAUGCACUACAAAGAAAUUCCCGAUCCUGGAGUACUUCCACCCAAAGCGCUGGAAUUACUGGUCAAUGCGAUUUCUCUCAACAGCGCCUAUACUACAAAGAUACUGCCCCCAGAUAAGGAGGGCGGGCUUCCAAAGCAGGUGGGCAACAAGACAGAGUGUGGCCUGCUGGGAUUGGUUUUGGACUUGAAGCGUGAUUAUCAGCCAAUAAGAAACCAGAUCCCCGAGGAGAAGCUUUACAAAGUCUACACCUUCAACUCUGUCAGGAAGUCAAUGAGCACGGUCAUCAAACUUCCUGAUGGGAACUUCCGCAUGUACAGUAAGGGAGCCUCUGAGAUUGUACUGAAAAAGUGCAGCCAUGUCCUUAACGAAGUAGGUGAGGCAAGGGUUUUCCGUCCACGUGACAAGGAUGACAUGGUGAAGAAAGUGAUUGAGCCCAUGGCAUGUGAUGGUUUAAGGACCAUCUGUGUAGGGUAUCGUGACUUUUCCGGCAAUCCUGAACCCAACUGGGAAGAUGAGAACAACAUCCUCAAUGACCUCACAGCCAUCUGUGUUGUUGGAAUUGAAGACCCUGUCAGACCAGAGGUGCCCGAUGCAAUUCUGAAGUGCCAGCGUGCAGGCAUCACAGUGCGCAUGGUGACUGGAGACAACAUAAACACAGCCAGGGCCAUAGCCAUCAAGUGUGGUAUCAUCCAUCCAGGAGAGGACUUUCUCUGCAUUGAUGGCAAAGAAUUCAACAGGAGGAUCCGCAAUGAGAAAGGAGAGCAUGAUCUGAGGCAUCUGUUUACUGUUAAACCAGCUCCUAUAAACUCCUACUAUGGAAUUAUUGACAGCACUAUGGCUGACCAGAGGCAGGUGGUAGCUGUGACGGGAGAUGGAACCAAUGAUGGACCUGCUCUCAAGAAAGCUGAUGUUGGGUUUGCCAUGGGUAUAGCUGGUACAGAUGUGGCCAAGGAGGCAUCAGAUAUCAUUCUUACUGAUGAUAACUUCAGCAGCAUCGUCAAGGCAGUUAUGUGGGGCCGAAACGUGUAUGACAGCAUUUCCAAAUUUCUCCAGUUCCAGCUUACUGUCAAUGUUGUGGCUGUCAUAGUGGCUUUCACUGGAGCCUGCAUCACGCAAGACUCUCCACUGAAGGCAGUGCAGAUGUUGUGGGUGAACCUGAUCAUGGAUACCUUUGCAUCUUUGGCCCUGGCGACAGAGCCUCCAACAGAGUCUCUGCUGAGGAGGAGACCGUACGGUCGCAAUAAGCCCCUCAUUUCAAGCACUAUGACCAAGAACAUAUUAGGACAUGGAGUCUAUCAGCUAAUCAUCAUCUUCACCCUACUCUUUGUCGGCGAGCAAAUCUUUGAUAUUGAUAGUGGCCGCGAUGCUCCUCUCCACUCCCCUCCGUCUGAGCACUACACUAUCAUCUUCAACACCUUUGUCAUGAUGCAACUGUUUAAUGAGAUAAAUGCCCGGAAAAUACAUGGAGAGAGGAAUGUCUUUGAUGGUAUCUUUAGAAACCCCAUCUUCUGCUCCAUCGUUUUUGGAACAUUUGCUGUACAGAUUGUGAUUGUGCAGUUUGGAGGAAAACCAUUCAGCUGUCAACCUCUCAAUCUUGAAAAAUGGAUGUGGUGCGUUUUCCUGGGGCUGGGAGAGCUUGUCUGGGGACAGGUGAUAGCCACCAUACCCAAUAGCAGGCUACGCUUCCUGAGAAGGGCUGGCCAGUUAACUCAAAAAGAUGAGUUACCCGAAGAGGAUGUGAAUGAGGACAAUGAGGAGAUCGAUCAUGCAGAAAGGGAGCUGAGGAGAGGACAAAUUCUUUGGUUCAGAGGACUCAACCGCAUACAGACUCAGAUUGACGUAGUCAACACCUUCAAGAGCGGAACCUCCUUUCAGGGGGCAGGGGCUCUGAGACGCCAGUCAUCCACCACCAGCCAGACCCAGGAUAUCAGAGUGGUGAAUGCAUUCCGUAGCUCCCUCUAUGAAGGCCUGGAAAAACCAGACUCCAGAACAUCCAUCCACAACUUCAUGGCGCAACCUGAAUUUAGGAUAGAAGACUCCACACCCAACAUCCCUCUCAUUGAUGACACGGAUGAUGAUUCUGCCCGAAGGAGAAGGAAGUACUCCAGCCAGCCUUCGUCUCCUAACAAGAACAACAACGCCAUUGAUAGUGGGAUCAACCUCACCAUCGACAUCAGUAAAUCUGCUGCCUCCUCCAGCCCAGCCAGCCCUCUGCACAGCUUGGAGACCAGCCUCUAACCCUGAUCCUAAACUCAGUUUAAACCUCUUCAGUCAAGUGGCAUCUCCUCAAAUUCUUCUAGACCUAUAACGGUUACUGAAGACCUUGGCUCCAUAUAAUUUUUUUUCUCCCAGCUCUCCUGUCCCCUGAAGCAACAUUUAUCAUCAGCACAGGAAAGGUCCUGUGAGAAAAACGUCCCCCCCCUUCUUGUAACAUUGACCCCAUAAAGCUCUUGUCUCCUUUCAAAAUGGGCAAUGCUUAGUGAUAUGACAAGGUAAAAACAAAAAAACAACAAACAAAAAAACAACAACAUACAAUCAAAAAAGCGCAACAAAGCCACAAUACCCACACAGCCAUUCUGCUUUUGUGGUUGUAUGCGAAUGGUGCCACCCAUGGUUCUAUGUAUGACUAUAAGCUUGUACUGGUUAGCAUGUACUGUAUAAGCGUGUGGCAGAAAACCCUGUGUGUAUGACGUGUUUGCCGCGGCACCAAGAGGAGGACAUUGAGGUGGAAGACUGUUGAGGAAUAUACACCACAAAACAGGACUUUAAACUCUCUCUUCAACAAUAACAUUGUUAAUACUGAUACAGUCAUAGUUUAAAUUAAAUUGAAAACUGUUGUUAUUAUUCUGAUUCUGAUUAUUAUUGUUAUUAUUCUUAUUGCUCCUGCAUGAAUGUACAUUACCCAAGUUUUAUUUAAAAGGGUUUAAUUUUGUUGGAGUUCUUUGGUUCGGAUGGGCUGGGUCUCGCAGUGGACUGCAAAUUUAAGACCGUUUCUCUUAGUUCCUGACCUGCAAAUUUUCCUCCUCUGUGUGGCAUGAACAUGUUCCAGACUGUAAAAAUCAAUUUAAUCCAUAAACACAAAUGUUUUAUCCAGGUGGUAGGGCUCAACUUGCACAGUAGUUUUGCACCUGUUGAAAAAGAGGAACGCAAAAUAAUAUUAAUGAUGAUAGCAUUUAUGGGAAAUAUUCUAUACAUAUAAAUUCAUAUAAAUAUAUUUAGAGAAUUUAUCUUUGUUUGUUGGCAUGUUGCCUUGUUCCUGCUUCAAUGGCUCGAAUUACUUUGACUUAUUUAUGUCUUAAAGAGAAUGUAAUUGUUUACAACCUCGUAGAGAUAAACUUCUUGGUUUCUAAAAGGAGGCGGGUGAAGUUGGAGCUCCGAGUUGUGUCAGUGUGUUAUUACUGAAAAACCAUGUGCUGGAAUUUGCCUGCUAUAUUGUCAAAUAAUGUAGAUAUUUUUAGAGGAUCAACAACAAAAAGAAACCAAAAUAUAAUGGGAUGCAUAGUACAUGUGGAAUCUUAGUAUUACUCUAUAUGAUUGUUGGGAUCAAGUAGGAGCGGCUUGCCUUCGGUUUUGCUUAACGGAAGCCUCCUUUUUGUGACAGAGGAGGAUAUUUCGUUGUUUUUCUUUUUUUUCAACAUUUAAAAAAAAAAUUCACUCAAUUCAAAGGCUGAUAUCAGGACAUUUUUACUUGUCCUCUUUGGAGUAUUGCUUGUUCAAAUAAGUUGAUAUUUUAAAGAUAAACGUGAUGAUCAGUAGGCUGUAACUGAGUUUUAUUAGAAAUUUCCAUAGUUCCAUUUGGUUUAUUUAUACUCCAAUGAAAUCAUACAUUUUAUUAAACAUUUGGAAUAUAAUAUGUUCUUUUUAUUUAGUUUAAUUUAAAUUUAUUUUGGUUUGAACAAGUUUUUCAUAUUGUAGAAAAACACAAAAUAGCUCCAGAAAGCUGUUGUGAUUUUUAAUAUCUAAAAAAGUAAAAGCUGACAAAAAACCCCAACAAAUUACAACUAAAAUGGAAUGUUGCUUUGACUUUUUUCUAUAUGUAAAUUAAUAUAAAUAUCUAUCUAUCGAUUUAUAUAAAGAUUGAUAGAUAGAUGAAUAGAUAUAAAAAUGCAUAUAUAUAUAUAUAUAAAUAUAUAUAUAUAUGUGCUUUUGUGUGUUUUAACCAAGCCUGUCUUCCUGCCGUCACAGAUUAUACAGUACUCUUGCAUCUCAACUGUACUCACUAGUUGUAAACUAUUUAUUGUGCUUU